AACCUCAUGAAAUUUGGAUUUGACGGGGUUAAGGGGCCUCUGAUAGCGGGUGUGUGUGUGUGUGUGUGUGUCAAGUCGAGCGGAGGUUCUCGUCUCCAAAGUCUUACCGCGGCGUGAAAGCAGAUGCUGGAAAACAACUCCUGCUCUGGCACAAAGGAAGGAUGGGGAGGAUGAGUCGCAGCUGCAGGCCCUGAGGUCUUGGAAACUCUCAGAGGGAAUAUGAAAGGCAGGUUGUACUCUACAGCAUCCGCAAUCAAUUACGAUACCGGAAUAACUUAGUUAAGCAUGUCAAGAAAGACGAACGUAAAUAUUAUGAGGAUCUGUUAAAAUACAGUCGAGAUCAUCUCAUGUUGUACCCCUAUCAUUUGUCUGACAUCAUGGUCAAAGGUCUGAGAGUAACACCGUUUUCAUAUUACACGGGCAUAAUGGAGGAUAUAAUGAACAGUGAAAAGAGCUAUGAUUCAUUACCCAACUUCACUGCUGCUGACUGUCUAAGACUCCUUGGUAUAGGAAGAAACCAGUAUAUAGAUCUAAUGAACCAAUGUAGAUCUUCAAAAAAAUUUUUCAGAAGGAAAACUGCUCAUGACCUGUUACCCGUGAAACCUGUGGAGAUUGCCAUAGAAGCUUGGUGGGUCGUGCAGUCUGGCUACAUCACUGAGGAUGACAUCAAGAUUUGCACUACGUCGGAGAAGUCUGCUAUUGAUAAGAUAAUUGAUUCAGGUCCUCAGCUUGCUGGUUCAUUAGACUUCAAUGUAGUUCACAGUUUGUAUAACAAAGGAUUUAUUUACCUUGAUGUACCAAUAUCUGAUGACAGCUGUAUAGCAGUGCCACCACUUGAAGGUUUUGUGAUGAACAGAGUGCAAGGUGAUUACUUUGAAACACUCCUGUACAAGAUAUUUGUUUCAAUAGAUGAACACACUAAUGUAGCAGAGCUUGCAAAUGUCCUAGAGAUUGACUUGUCUUUAGUAAAGAAUGCUGUGUCCAUGUAUUGUCGGUUAGGCUUUGCUCAUAAAAAAGGCCAAGUAAUAAACCUGGAUAAUCUUCAUCCAUCGUGGAAGAACGUUCCUUCGGUAAACAGACUGAAGAGUACUUUGGACCCUCAAAAGAUGCUGCUUUCAUGGGACAGUGGGGAAAACAGAAGUCCUAUACAGGAAGCUGGGUCAUCAGCCACAGAUACAGAUACCAACAGUCAAGAUGAUCCAGCUGAAACAGCCAGCGUGAGCAGCCUGAAUCUGUCUAGCGGACAUACAAAACGUAUUGCCUUCCUGUUCGAUUCUACUCUCACUGCCUUUUUAAUGAUGGGAAAUCUUUCACCGAACUUGAAAAGUCAUGCAGUCACUAUGUUUGAAGUUGGGAAGCUGUCAGAUGAGAGUCUUGACAGCUUCUUGGUGGAGCUGGAAAAGGUUCAAAGCACAGGUGAAGGGGAAGCACAGCGGUACUUCGAUCAUGCACUUACACUGAGAAACACGAUACUGUUUUUGCGGCAUAAUAAAGACCUAGGGGCACAAGCUGUACAGCCUGAUCAACCAAGUAAUGGUUUUCCCUUGGACCUCUUAAGAUGUGAGAGUUUGCUCGGCUUGGAUCCAGCUACCUGCAGCAGAGUUCUCAACAAAAAUUAUACUCUGCUGGUUUCCAUGGCACCACUCACCAAUGAAAUUCGACCUAUUAGCAGCUGUACACCCCAGCAUAUUGGACCUGCGAUACCAGAAGUCAGUUCAGUUUGGUUCAAACUGUAUAUUUACCAUAUAACUGGACAAGGACCACCUUCUCUGUUGCUCUCUAAAGGAACACGUCUUCGAAAACUUCCAGAUGUUUUUCAGGGUUAUGAUCGCUUAUUAAUAACAUCUUGGGGUCAUGACCCAGGAGUAGUUCCUACUUCAAAUGUGCUCACAAUGUUGAAUGAUGCUUUAACGCAUUCUGCUGUUCUAAUUCAGGGGCAUGGCAUGCAUGGAAUGGGAGAAACAAUGCACGUACCUUUCCCAUUUGAUGAAGCUGAGCAGCAGGGAGACUUCUCUCGUGUGAACAUGGGCAUUCAUACGGCUUUAAAAAUACUGAGAAACAAAGUAGACUUGCAGCAUUUUUGUGGCUAUGUCACUAUGUUGAAUCCUACAAGUCGGCAUGCUAACAGAAAGCUGAGCGAUGCUUCUGAUGGAAGAGGAGAGGCUGAACUAGCAUCAGGAUCUGAUGUAAAUGGAAGCACAGAAUCAUUUGAGAUGGUAAUAGAAGAAACCUCAAUGGAUUCUGCAGUGAAGCAAAGCCUUGAAGUACCCACAACGGAACUGGAAUGGGUUCCCCUGGAAUUAUGCUUUGGCAUUCCACUCUUCAGCUCUGAGCUGAAUCAGAAAGUCUGCAGAAAAAUUGCCACUCAUGGAUUAUGUAGAAAAGAAAGCCUUCAAAAACUCUUACAUUCCAGUAGAAAGCUGUCUCUUCAGGUCCUUAAUUUUGUUCAUUCAUUCCAGGAAGGUCUUUCAGCACUGGAUCAGCUCCAUGAUGCUGGUUCUUCAAGUUCGCUUUUGCAGCCUAUUUCUGCAGAUAUGGGUGUUCCGCUUCCUGCCAAGAAUCUCAUGUUCAAAGAAGGUGUAUUAUCUGAAUGGAACGGAUGGUCCCCUUCCUCAGUUUUUUUCAACCACACCUAAGGAACAGGUCGAAUAGAGAUUCUCAUGCAUCGAUCACUAAAUGCCUUUCUUCUAUUAUGGUUAAUUCCUAGUGCCAACCACUAAGAAGUGUACUGCUGCUGCAGCAUAACCCAUGUAAAAGUAGUGUUACAAAAAUGUGUUGUCUUGCAGUAUUGGGGAAAUGCUUAUACAGUCUAGAACUUGUUACUCAUUACUGCAUAUCUUGCUGCAACAGAGAGCUUUUUAGCUGUCAGCACUAUUUUUACCUUGAGACAAUCUUUCUUUUAUAACUAAACACGCCCUUUCUAGGCUUUCUGAUGAUUGUUAAAUUUCUAUGCUGUCACCACAAAAUUGCAAUAGUAGUUUUCUAUGUUCGUUACUCAGACAUAAAUUCUGUUUAGUUUUGUACUGUAUUACUGAAAAUCUUUCAGUAUAAAGGUAAGAGAUUCAGCUCUUCCUCUGAAAGCUCAGUGAUACCUACUGUUUAAAAAAAAAAAGUAUCGUGGUGAUAUUGGGCAUUAAGAAUUGUUGAAUUCUGAAGGUCAGCUUAACACUGGGGCCUUGACAAACUAGUACAAUGGGAAGAGAUUUGAUGCUUGUAGGAGGCUGAGUUAGUGCAAACUCAGAGGCCUGCUGAUGACUUAAGGCCACUUUGAAGGUGAGUGGUACACUUUCAUCUCUGGCAUAUUUUGAUGGAAGUGUGGAGUUAUGGAAGAGCUGAAGUGGUUGGCUCUGUUCAUGGGGUUCUUCAUGAUAAUGGAUUCAUCUUGCUCUUUGUAUGAAACCAGGAGCGUCUGAGAUUUGAUCACGCUGGGAGUUAGUCCCUCAUUGUUAUUUGCUGGUGAUUAUUGCUGUAGGAAAACUCCUGAUUUCAUAAGCUGAGUUUAAGGUAGAUAGCUAGAUAUGUCCUAUUGAUUAAUGUUUGAAAGAACAGAGCUCUUGACUUUUCAUGACAGUCACUAGUAAAGGAAGAACAGCAGAGAAUGUGUAGGCGGAGACUUCUCUGAAUCUGUUUUCCUUGAACCAUUAGCUGCUGAUUAUGACAAACAUUAACAGUGAGCUGUUUCAUCUAAAAUCAUGUUCUGGCUCUAUUUGUAGGGGAUGAUUUCAUGUAGCAUGAUUUCACUUUGUUUAUAUUAGGCAUGAACAACUUUUUGCCAGCUUAAAAAAGGUCUGUCCCAUUUAGCACACAAGGAGAGCAGGAGAUGUAAACGUUAAGACUUUUAACCCAGCUGUCCAAACUACUCUGCCAACUCUCAUCUUUACUGAACUGCCUUGUUUUAAAUAGUCAUAAUUAAAAAUGAGACUGAACCAUCCUGUCAUUACUAGCCUACAAUAAAUAACGGACCAAGACUGUGGCAUAGAUGAUGCUGGACAACAGCAGGAGAAAAAUGGCAACAUUUGGGUUUGUAUCCUGUUCUGUAUGGCUGUAAGAAAAAACAUGACAGAAGUCUGAAAAGGACAAACAUACCACGAUAGAAUAAUGCAGUGGCUUCAGUUACAACUGUGAAAAUUCCAUUCUUUUCCUUUGCUUUAUGUACAUUCCUAAAGUGUAAGUGUAGGACUUGCGCUCUAUGAAACUGGAAGUCUGUAGUACUUCAGUUUGCUCAGUGCUGCUUUCUUACAUCUGUUUUGGUUUUGUAUUUUACCAACAGCAGCUGAACGUAGUAUUCUGUGUAUAUUACAGAGCUAGAUUAUCUAUAUAAAGUUGAUCAUUUACACCACAGUGACUUUUGUACUGGAUGUGCAUACUCUCCAUAGCGUUUUUUUUAAGUUGCCUUAUUUCCUUCAAAAGAAAUUGAAGAGGCAUUAGAUGUCAUUCUUCUAGAAGUGGCAGAGGAAACCUUUACUGUGAGAAUUGUUAUGUGGAGAUUAAGCCAAUGUCUAGCACUGUAGAGGAACUAAGGAGUUAGGUGAUGGCUUACACUUUCAGUACUAUAGAUGUUACUUUAAGUGCUACGGUGAGCUGUUGUAGAUGAGCUAGGCUGGUGUAUCGAAUUUUACCAUGCACUGUCUAUGCUAGUAUGUAAAGUGAUGAUAGCGCAAGUUGUAUGGACGUUUGAAAAUGGAUGAAAAUUUCUUGUUCUCACUGCUUAUUCUUCAGUGUUACUAAGUGAAGGAUACCCUUUGUUUUUAGGUUGUUUAAAGUAAAGUUUCUCAAUAAAAGUAGCCUGCUUAUCAGAGUUGUUUAAUACCCAUAAAUCUUACAGUUAAUGUGAGAAUUCCAGGUAUGUUGCAGGAUUUUAGAACUCAAGGCACUCUAAUGUAGGUGCUUCAACACUAGUUUAGGAGCUUAAAUGUUCAAGUCUGCAUAUCUGAAGUUUACUGAAUAGAUUGCAACCAAAGAAGUCCAUAAAAUACCUGAAACUCUACUACAGCUCCAGUGCUUGGGAUGGUCCAGAGGCUUUACUCGAAGUAUGUGACUUUUGUUUUAAAUAUGGUGUAAAAAAAGUAAGAUCUCAAAGAUCUUAAUACCAAAAGAAUAUUUUAUAUUGUAUUGCAAAUAAAGACAACUUAAAUCAAUUUCUUUUCUUCAGGUAGUUUUAUUGACAGCGGGGAAAAUCACACACAUUACACAUUGUAAAGCUGUUCUAAGUUUCUGUCUUCAGCAAGGUUUUUAACUUGCAGAAGAGAGGUGGGUUUUGUGCUCUGGCACAACCCAAGUAGUAGUCAGCCUAGGUGGAUAUACCUGAAGGUGUUCAGGAGCCAACUAGAAAGUGCGCUAUGUUUGUUUUCAGGUUUUUUGAUCAUGACAUUAUUUCACAGUUCUCUUUUCCAUCAUUGUUCUCAAAUUUUUCUUGUUCAGUGUUCCAAAUAAUUUGUAUUUUGAAGGUUUUAAAGUAUGACUGUAACGGAAUACAGUUGCACUCUUCUAGUGUGACAUUGUUAAUAUUAUACAUUGAAUUGUACAAAGUCUGUGUUCAAUUAAAUUAUUGGCACAUGUAACAAAUGUUUACAAAUAAACUGUGGUGUAGGUCAAACCAUGUGCAGAAUCCUUCACGUGCAGUAGUUCUCUUCUUGGGCACAGCACUAAAAUGUCACUCUCUCACUGUAGUGCUCAAGACUACCAAAUGUCAUCGAAGUACCUUUUUUUCCCGUAUGCAUGCAAUUUGGCAGAAAUGCCAUUUUACCAGUGGAACCCCCUUGUUUUAGUGUAUCACAGAAUGGCAAAG